GACAGCCUGCCCUCCUGCGCUGUUCCCUGCAUUCAGAUCGCCGUCAAGUCGGCAUCCACCUGCCAGCUUGAUGAUCUCCCUUGCCUGUGCAAACAGCGCGCAAAGAUUGCACAGUCUGCCAAGAAAUGCAUCCUUAGUACAUGUGGUGCCAAAAAGACCUUGAAAAAGGUCAGGCCCCAAGUGCAGGCCAUGUGCAAAGAGGAAGAUAGAAAGGAGGCAGAGAAAAGAAAAGCAGAAAAGAAGAAACUAAAGGAGCAAGAAAAAGCUAGAAAGAAGGCUGAGAAGGAACAAAAAGAAAGAGAUAAGGCGCAGAGAGAAGCUGAAAAGAAGAAGGAAAAGGAAGAAAAGAAGAAGCAAAAGGAAAAGGAAAAGGAAGAGAAGAAGAAGAAGAAGGAAGAAGCGAAGAAAAAGAAAGAAGAGCAAAAAGAGUUCGAAAAGCACCAGAAGGAAGAGGAAAAGAGACUGAAGGAAGAGGAAAAGAAGAGAAAGAAGCAAAAGGAAGAGGAAGAGAAGAACGGGGGACAGAGUGAGAAGAGGGGAGAGACCGAUGAAAUGUGUGAGGCAGACGAAAUGAAAAAGGCCGGGCAUAUUUGUGAGCACGGGGAAUUGUGUAAGCACGGGGAAUUGUGUGGGCACGGGGAAAUGGGAGAGAUCGAGGAAAGGGGGGAAAUGAAAAAGGAGCCAACAUUCACGCUCGAAAAAGUGAAGGCGGCGCAUACUUGGUGGAAGAUUGAC